AUGCUAUUUCGUGCUGUCCAGCGUCCGUCGCUACAAGUCUCAGAGUUGGAACGGCUUCUUGAACCAUCACAUACCGUAGAAACAAGCGAAGGAGUCGGCUAUGACGAGGUUGAUUGUUAUCUCCAUGAGUCAACUACUUCGAUACCACCGCGUGUAUACUGGAGAGAGAACGAGAGUAAAUUUCCCGUGCUUUCGCGGCUAGCUCGUGAUUUGCUCUCAGUUCCAGCCACUGGAGCAGGAGUUGAAAGGCUGUUCAAUAGUGCCCGAGAUAUUUGCCACUAUCGCCGGGGAUCCCUGAAUGAGACUCCGAUCCAAGACUUGAUGAUGUAUAUGUGCUCCGAGAAAUUCACCCUGGAGGGCCAGCAGUCGAGUCUGCUGGAUCAUAGGAUGGCGGAAGGGGAGGACCAGGAGAAUCUUGAAGAAAAGGCAAACAAGGAGGCAGAGGACGAAAAUACAGCUAUUAGCGAUAUAGACGAGGGUGACCUAGUCGAAGAUGCGGAUACAAGCCUCACUGCUGAUAGUGCUCUGCGACUUGAAAGCACCGCCCCGCAGGAGCUUCCGUCUCAAGAUCGAUUACAAGAUGCGACAAUAAUAGCUAUUGAUCCGGAGCAAGAGAGCGACGAUGAAAAUUCGCUGCCACCUCCAGUUACCAGUCUAGGGGAGAGAUCUCAAAAGAGAUCAUCAGGGAGGAUGACAGUGCCUUCAAGCCGACUUCAAGGCUAUUAG